AUGGCCCGACCGCGAGUCUUCAUGGAUUUCACCGUCGACCAUCAGCCCAUAGGACGCAUCAUAUUCGAGCUGUACAACGAUACAGCACCGAAGACAGCAGAAAAUUUUCGAGCCUUAUGCACAGGUGAAAAGGGCGUCUCACACGGUUCCGGUCUACCUUUAUAUUACAAGAACAGCAUCAUACAUCGCUCCAUUGCCAACUUCAUGAUUCAGGGUGGAGAUUUCACAAAACGAAACGGCAUGGGUGGCGAGUCGAUAUAUGGUGGCCAGUUUGCGGACGAAGAUUUGACACGUCCUCUAGACGCAGAGGCACUGCUAUGCAUGGCCAACAAAGGCCCCGAUACGAACGGCUCACAAUUCUUCAUCACUCUGCGCGAUUGCCCCCAUCUGAACGGCAAGCACGUCGUAUUCGGUAAGAUCAUUCGAGGCUACGCUGACGUGGUCAAAAAAAUCGCCGAAGUUCCUGUGGACGCAAAAGACCGUCCGACUGUUCCCGUGACGAUAUCUAACUGUGGUGAACUCGAGCUACGCAAGCUACUGAAACCUGUUCCAUGUGAGUUAACUCGUACUCGUGUCUAG